GUCCGCCCGAGGCUCCUCUUCUUGGUCCCGAAGCCAUCCACGCGGACCGUCCCUCCUUCGCUCGCCAUGGCGUCCAGAGAUCUCCGGCGGCUGCUCGACGGCGCAGCCCUCGUCGCCCGCGAGGCCGCCAGGCGCUCCGCCGGGCCCGACGUCCUCAGGUCCGCCCUCCUCGCCGCCACCGACCUCGCCGGCCUCACCAGGGGCACCCCUCGCCGCCCGCAGCCCGUUCCCCUUCCUCCUGAAUCCCACCCCGAGGGGGCAGGCUCGUCUCGCCCCUCCUCGUCCUCCGUCGUGUACUUCUCCCACGACGACGCGCCGCCGCUCGAGCCCUCAUUGGAGCAGCAACCCCCGCCGCAAGAAUCCCUCCACCCCGCCCAGCCGCGGGAGACCACCGGCACCCAUUCAACCGCCGCAGCCGCAGCUGUGGCUGAACCCGAAGCCGUGGCGGUAGCUAGACCCAAAGACGAGGCGGUUCGCCCUGAGGUCUCACCGCCAUCAACGCCCUCGCCCACACCCUCGCCCUCGCCUGUGCCUGCGCCUGCGCUGGUGGAGAAGAGGCGCCGGCCAAGGGAGCGGAAUGUUCCCUCCACACCGUUCACCCGAGCCCUCGGAUUUGCAGGUCUGGGUGCCGGGCUCGCAUGGGGAGGUCUACAGGAAUCAGCCCGGCGGGUGAUGUAUGGUACACCUGUUGGGGAUGGUAAGCAGUCAGCACUCUCGCCGUUCUUGUCUGACCAGAAUGCUGAGCGUGUUGCCCUUGCGCUGUGCCGGAUGCGGGGAGCGGCGCUCAAGGUGGGACAGCUGCUGAGCAUCCAGGACGAAUCGCUCGUGCCCCCACCGGUGUUGGCAGCUCUUGAUAUCGUUCGUCAAGGUGCCGAUGUUAUGCCGAGGAAGCAGCUGAAUUCUGUUCUUGAUGCCGAGCUUGGUCAAGGCUGGUCCUCUAGGCUGAGGAGUUUCGACUAUGAACCUUUGGCUGCAGCGAGUAUCGGACAGGUCCAUCGGGCGGUCUUGAAGGAUGGUUCGGAAGUUGUGAUGAAAAUACAGUAUCCUGGAGUUGCUGACAGUAUAGAGAGUGAUAUCGAGAAUGUUAGGCGACUCCUGACUUACACAAAUCUCAUCCCUAAAGGUCUUUUCCUUGAUAGAGCUAUAAAGGUUGCAAAGCAAGAACUGGCAAGGGAAUGUGAUUAUUUCUUAGAAGCAAGCAACCAGAAGCGGUACAAAGAGUUGCUCUCUGAUAGUGAGGGCUAUUACGUCCCUGAGGUCACUGAUGAAUUGUCGAGCAAAAAGGUGUUGACAUCAGAGUUUGUUCCAGGAGUUCCUAUCGAUAAGGUGGCAGUACUAAGCCAGGAAACCCGCAAUUAUGUUGGAUGUAAACUUCUCGAGCUUACGAUAAAGGAGUUAUUUGUCUUCAGAUUUAUGCAGACUGAUCCAAAUUGGAGUAAUUUCCUUUAUGAUGAUUCAGAAAGGCAAUUUAAUCUUAUUGACUUUGGGGCAGCCCGUGAAUUCCCUAAAAAGUUCGUAGACGAUUACUUACGUAUGGUAGUUGCCUGUGCAAAUAGAGACAGAGCCGGUGUGUUAGAGAUGUCCCGCAGACUGGGAUUUCUAACAGGUGAGGAACCAGAGGUCAUGCUCGAUGCUCAUGUCGAGGCAGCCUUCAUCGUCGGGGUGCCAUUCGCAACACCUGGUGGUCAUGAUUUCCGUGCAAACAACAUCACACACAGUGUUUCAAACCUUGGGGCUACCAUGUUGAAAUACAGGCUGACUCCGCCUCCGGAUGAAGUUUACAGCCUCCAUAGAAAGCUGUCAGGGGCGUUCCUAGCCUGCAUCAAGAUUGGCGCAGUUGUCCCCUGCAGAGAGAUGUUGUUCAAGGUUUACGAGCAAUAUGAUUUCAGUUAUGAUCACUCGGAAGUGUUGUCCAACACUGGAUAAAACACACAAAAGUGCGCCUUUACCCUCUUGUCCUGAAAUCGUCAAAUAGUUACAGUCUGAUUGCAGCUCAUUUUUUGGAGAGCUUCGUAAUCGGCUUCUCCCGAGCUAAUAAUGUGACAAAUUAUAUUCUUCAUGUCAUGGAAAUCGACGUGAUUUUGUUU